AUAUACUUUUAAAAUGUUAAUAAAAGAAUAUAGGAUGACAUUGCCAUUAACAGUUGAGGAAUAUCAAAUUGCUCAAUUAUACAUGGUUGCAAAAAAGAGUAAAGAGAGUACAAAAGAUGGUGAAGGUAUUGAAAUUAUUAAAAAUGAACCAUUCGAUAAUGAAAAAGGCAAGGGUCAAUACACUGAAAAAAUCAUUUAUCUUGCCAAUUCAAUUCCAAGAUUCGCUGCUGCAAUUCUUCCAGCCAGUGCAUUACAAGUAGAAGAAAAGGCCUGGAAUGCAUACCCAUAUUGUAAAACUGUUUAUAGUUGUCCAUUUUUUGGUGAAAAACUAGCUUUAUCAAUAGAAUCAAUGCAUUUACCAGGUAGAGGAGAAAUUGAAAAUGCUUUAAAUUGCGAUAAAGAUACUUUACAAAAAAGAGAAGUAGAUUUUAUAGAUAUUGCAUUCGAUCCAGUAGAUCCAAAAGAUUAUAUACCAACUGAAGAUCCUCAAACUUUUAAAUCUACAAAAACAAAUAGAGGACCCUUAAAUGAAAAAAAUUGGAGGGAAAAAGUUGAACCUGUUAUGACAUGUUAUAAAUUAGUUCAUGUCGAAUUUAGAUAUUGGGGUUUCCAAACCAAAGUUGAAAGCGUAAUUCAAAAAACAGGUGUAAGAGAUGUUUUACUAAAAGCACAUAGAGCAUUAUUUUGUUGGAUUGAUGAAUGGAUAGGAUUAUCAAUGAAAGAUAUUAGAGAUAUUGAAGAGCAAACAAAAUUGGAUUUAAAAAAGAAAUUAGAAGAAAAUCAAAACACCAAAUAAAACAACCUUAAAAUCAAUAUAUUAUACAGUUAAAAAAUAUACAUUUAAAUAAAUAAUAUUAUUUAUAGUAACAUAUAAUAUUUUUUUUUUUUAUAAAUC